UGUAACACGGUAAAGGAAGCAACCUCGUAAGAGUGAGCAUAACUUGUUUCAUCUGCAAUAUGUUAUAACAAGAUGAAAUUUUUUACAUUUUCUUCUCAAUUUAGAUUUACCCCUUAUGAUUUUGCUUUAUGCUUACAAAAAUGCUUAAAAGCAAAAGCCUUAAAACCUGGCAAGCAACUCCAUGCAAUGUUACUCACAACUGGAAUGAACAUGAACAUUUUGUCUUUAAGUUCCAAACUUGUUGGAAUGUAUUCUAGUUGUGCAGACCUAAAAUCAGCAACCUUUUUGUUUCAAAAAAUUGAUCAUCCAAAUGUUUUUGCAUUCAAUUGGAUGAUUUUAGGAAUGGUAUAUAAUGGUUACUUUGAUGAUGCAUUGUUUUACUUUCGUUCGAUGCGUGAUAUUGGUCACAUUGGUAAUAAGUUUACUUUUGGUAUUGUUCUUAAAACAUGUGUUGGUUUGAUGGAUGUAAAGAAAGGGAAACAGGUUCAUGGGAUGAUUUGUGAGAUGGGUUUGAAGAAUGAUGUUUCAAUUGGUAAUGCUUUGAUAGAUAUGUAUUGUAAAUGUGGGUGUAUUUUGAAUGCUUGUAGGGUGUUUGAUGGAAUGCCUGAGAGAGAUGUUGCGUCAUGGACAUCGAUGAUUUGUGGGUUUUGUAAUGUGGGGGAAAUUGAGCAAGCAUUGGUGUUGUUUGAGAGGAUGAAGUUGGAAGGAUAUGAGCCAAAUGAAUUUACGUGGAAUGUUAUCAUUGCUACGUAUGCUCGUUUGAGAGAUAGCAGGAAAGCUUUUUGUUUUAUGGAAAGAAUGAAAAAAGAGGGUUUUAUUCCUGAUGUGGUUGCUUGGAAUGCAUUGAUUUCUGGCUUUGUACAAAAUCAUCAAGUUAGCGAAGCAUUUGAGUUGUUUCGCGAGAUGGUAGUUUCGAGGAUUUGUCCUAACCAAGUAACUCUUGCAGCACUGCUUCCCGCAUGUGGAUCUUUAGGUUCUAUUCAAUUGGGAAGAGAGAUUCAUGGAUUUAUAUGCCGGAAGGGGUUUGACGCCAAUGUUUUCAUUGCAAGUGCUCUUAUUGACAUGUAUUCCAAGUGUGGGAGUUUAAACGAUGCUCGAAAUAUUUUCGACAAGAUUCAUUGUAAAAAUGUUGCGUCAUGGAAUGCAAUGAUUGAUUGCUAUGGGAAGUGUGGCAUGGUUGAUUCCUCCAUCGAGCUGUUUACAAAAAUGAAGGAAGAAGGACUGCAGCCAAAUGAAGUUACUUUUACAUGUAUUCUUUCAGCAUGCAGCCAUAGUGGUUCAGUGGAAAAAGGUUUACAAAUCUUCACAUCAAUGAGAGAAUGUUAUGGAGUUGAGGUGAGUACGGAACAUUAUGCUUGUGUUGUUGAUCUCUUCUGUCGUUCAGGAAAGAUAGUAGAAGCGUAUGACUUUCUGAAGGCCAUGCCAAUACAAGUCACAGAGUCAAUUGCUGGAGCUUUUCUAAAUGGGUGCAAAAUCCAUGGAAGAAGAGAUUUGGCUAAACUGAUGGCUGAGGAAAUAACGAGAGUGCAGUUAAAAGGAUCCGGUAGCUUUGUCACACUCUCAAAUAUUUAUGCUGCUGAAGGUGAUUGGGAAAAGGUUGGGAAUGUCAGGAAAGUGAUGAAGGAGAGAAAUGUCAAUAAGUGGCCUGGUUUUAGUUGGCUUGAAAAGCCAUGUGAGAUUCUUGAAGGGAAGGAAGAGAAAGAGGUGGCUGUUGGAUUGGAUAUAUAACAUUAUAUAAUUUACUAGUAAUGGAUUCUGGAAGUGGGGAAGAAUCUUUUACCAAAGGACGGGAAUAGAGAUUGGAUUAGAGCUUUUAGGAAUAACAGCUCUGGUUAUGGUGAUGUCGCCGUGAUCUUCAAUCUAAUGAAAAGAGUACUUUCUGUGUAGAUUGUGUUGGCACUGUAAAGAAGCUCAUUCCCUUCAUAGUAGCUUUUAGAUAUAUAAGUAUUGCUUGCCUAUCAGGAUUUUUCCGCCAUUCCGAGCUGCAUAAGCAUUUUGACUGCUCAAAAUUCAGGUCCUUUCCUCUCUUCUUUGUCACACCAGGGAGCUUAUUAGAGGACUGUUACCGAUUUUCAUGUGCAAGUUGGACUUCGUGAACCCAACUUGGAGUCCGACAUCGAAAGUAAUGAACCCAGUGUGAGGGUUUAUAUAUGAUUGGACAAUCCUCCCCUUUGAACCAUGGUUUUGUGGUGGAGUUAGGUUCAAUCCGUAUCAAGGACAAGUCAAGCACUUGAAGCUUCCAAGUGAGACUAAAUUUCUAUGGAAUUCCACUUGUGAAGUUGUUCAUUCACAGCCUAAGUGUCUUCAAAUCUGGCAAGUCUGCAAUGUAAUCAGGUAUUUAUUUCCACCAUUGAUGUUUGUAUUAGGAAUUUUUAUGUCACAAAAAGUUUUAUAAACAUUACAGAAAGAAAGCAUUGUUAACAGUAUUUGCUCAUUCUCUUUAUUAUUCUAUUGUCUUCCAAAAUUCUUCUAUUUGGACAUUUUGGAACUAUAACGUUCAUAUAAGGAAAUUAAAGAUCCAAAGAUUAUGUAUAUGUAUAUUAAUACUAAGUUGCAAUUUGACAGUUGCUGAAUAAACAAUCAAUUUUUGAUAGAUGGUAAAUUAUGUAGUAUAUUUUUUACUUUAGAUAGAUGAUACUGAGGUAUGAAAUAUUGCAUAGAAGCUUUCGGCUAUAUGUAAUAAUACAGUCAAGUUUGGUUCUGCAUAACUUGUUCUGAAUAGUUUAAGAAGGUGCUGUUUGUAUUGAGAUUAUGAGU